CAAAAGGGAAAAAAAUAAGGCAACGGCUAUAUCUUGAUUUGCAGUUAUCUAGUCUCAUUUCAAAUUCAAACUCAUCCAUUCUGGUUCAUUCCUCCCUCGACUCUCCGCCUAAGCGCCUCCCCCGGUUUCUUACGCGCGCCGCCUCCCUCCACAGCCAAAACCUAUUCGCUGAGCUUCCUUACUCCCCCCGCAGCGGCUCCUAGCUCUGAUCUUCUCGAUUGAAGUUCCCGAUAGUCGCUGGCUGUGAGCAAUUGGAAGUUCAGACAACGCAACUCACUCAUCUUUCGGUUCCGCGUCUGGCAGAUAGCAGUUAGUAGCAGCGAAGAAAUCCCUGAAGAAUGGCUAUGGAGGGUCAGAGUGGGACGAGCUUAGAUCCAGAGACGCUGUUUCUCGCAUCCAAACAAGAGACUGGGAACGAGUGGGAGCUCUUCAAAGAAAAUGUCAAACCCUUGAAGAGAGGCCGCAACGUUUCGGUACUCAACCACGCUCUCAAAUCCCAAACCAACAAUCAUCUCAAGGCCUCUCUUCUCCAAACCCGAAGGAAAUUGGUUGAGUCAAUUGACGAGUAUAAGGGCACCGACCCUCUUCUUCCUUGGCUCCAGUGCAUUAGAUGGGUCCAGGAAGUUUUCCCCGCUUGUGGUGAUUCCUCAGGUCUCAUACUGAUAUAUGAGCAGUGCGUGCGCGCUUUCUGGGAUUCCCCACGCUACAAGGACGAUCUCCGCUACCUGAGGGUGUGGCUUCAAUACGCUGAAUACUGUGACGAUGCUCAAAUCAUCUACAGCUUUCUUGACGACAAUGGCAUAGGGAAGUCGCAUUCUGAGUUCUACAUGGCAUAUGCUUUGCACCUGGAGUCCAAGAACAAGUUGAAAUCUGCCAACGACAUUUUCUCUCUUGGAUUGUCUAGGGAUGCGCAGCCUUUACAUAAAUUGAAGGAUGCCUACAAGAAGUUCCUCAUCAGAUCAACAAAUGGAAGCACGAAUAAGGAGGAGGAUAGUAGAGAAAGUGCAUUAGCUGUGAGAAGCUUUGGGACUGUCCUUACUGGCUUGGAAAAUAGAAGGAAACACGGGCCGAGUUCAGAUCUUGCAGCUAGAGGGUUGAAGCCAGACAAGGCUCAAAAGGCUUCUCCAUUUGUUAUCUAUGAAGACUCCAAUGGAGAUGCAGCAGCGCAUGUUGAUGAACAACCAAAGAAAGACCCAUGGCACAACCUUGGGCGCCGAGCUGAGAGGAACAAAGAAAAUAAUGCAAUACCAACUAAGUGGUCGUUACACAAGGUUCCGCAGAAACCUGCAACAACAAGUGCCGCCUCAUCCGCCAUUAUCGAGGUGUUUGUGGACGAGGAGUGCAGCACCGAGGCGGUCGGUUCCCACGAAGGGAAUGGGAAGAAGGAGGCGAAUUUCUUGCAGCUGAGGCAGGGGGACAGUCUAGACAUAAAAAAAGAAGCGGAGUUACUGCGGGAAAAUCCGCUGCGCAAUUUUCAUGGCGGCAGCAACAGUCUUCCCAGAUGAUAUGUGGUCAUUCUGAAGCCACAGGGUUAACCUCGGCAAGUUGUUGUUUUGCUUGUUCAAGAUGGAUUGAUUGCCAGAGAGAGACACCAGCACCUGUUCACCAUGCUUGUUUGUGCUCAUGUGAUGCAUCUCUUGUGCCUCCGGGAAGAGACUUGACACAGGGCUCACUAUUAAACUUCCAGAAUUGUUGUACGUUCACUAUUUUUUAGCAAUUGUUGUUAGUCAAGAGAAAACAGGGCUCACUAUUAAACUUCCAAUAAAAAUUUGCGUUACAUUUUGUUACGAGAGACAAAAUUGGCAAAUUCACCAACUUUCAUACGAUAAUUCUAAAUAUACUAUAAUGA